CCAGAGCUAGCCGGUGCUGCACAUGUCUAACACCAUGGCUCCGAAAAACUCAGCUGUCUUCCUCCUUGGGCUUCUUCUCUCAUGCGUAGCCAUGAGUAGUGCGGUGAGAAUCCUUGAGGAGACCAUUCCGUCCAAGAAAGAGCACCAGACCGAGGCGCCACAAAUUCCCAAGGUAGAGCUUCCACCGUUUCCGGAAGUGCACCUGCCACCUAAGCCUGAGCUUCCCGAGGUGAAGCUGCCACAGGUCCCGGAGGUGCACUUCCCACCUAAGCUUGAGCUUCCCAAGGUGGAGCUGCCGAUAGUCCCUGAGGUGCACUUGUCACCCAAGUCGGAGCUGCCCAAGGUGGAGCUGCCAACAAUCCUAGAGGUUCACCUGCCACCCAAGCCGGAGAUGCCUAAGGUGGAGUUGCCGCCCAAGCUCGAGAUGCCCAAGGUUCAGCGCAAGAUUUGUUUGCCCCUAUCAUUUUUCCAUUACCCAAAAAGGGUUUCCCCCGUUUUGUAUUACAAAGCAACCAACACUGAUAACAUCGCAAAUGCUGGGGCGAGCAGCACAACAAGCCCAAAAGAAAAGAGAAAGAAAGAAGAAAUAAAUGCCAACAACGGUAGCUCGACAAAGCGCGGGUGACCCGCCACCGGUGCGCCCUCCCGACUCGACCCACCACAGACCAAUGCUCCGAUCCACCGUGUACCAAGCAGCACCUCCAGGAAGGAAUGCGACGCCGACGACGCUGCUACCCUGACGAGUCCUAGGGUUUCCCACGGCACGCGAAGGGGAGUGGGGAUGGAUACAACCGACACGCUCCAGGAAGGGGUGGCGGCACCCGCAGGCGACACCGCAUCGGAGCCGGAAGGACCGGCAAGGAUUUCUCCCGCAUUCCCAACCCCCAUCGCCAUACUGGACUAGAGCCAACCAUCCAUCUUGCCGCCCACCUGCAUGCGCCACCGCGGUCUUGCCGACACCCACGCCGCCUCACUGAAAACACCACCACGAGGCCAAGAAGACGGAGAGAGAAGCGCUAGGCGUCGGGAGUAGCGACACCGGAGCCACGCAGGAGGGAACCACCUCCACCGCCGUCGUGCGGGAGGCCCGUGCCUCCAGCACCGUCGCGGUCGCCGUCCGGACGU